AUGGCAUCUGGCACAGCCAACGAAGCGGAUACUCCAGAAAAGGGCACUCUUGAUGUAGAGUCCACUCGCACCAAUGAGUCGCAGGCCCCGUACUCGAUCUUUACCAAGUCGCAGAAGAGAUACAUUGUCUUCUCGGCAUCAUGGGCUGGCUUCUUCUCGCCCGUCUCUUCGCAGAUCUACUUCCCGGCCCUCAACAGCAUCGCUGACGAUCUUGGUGUCAGCAGCGCCUUGAUCAAUCUCACUCUGACCAGCUACAUGAUCUUCCAAGGCCUCUCCCCCAUGUUCGUCGGGGACUUUGCCGAUAGGGCUGGUCGGCGCCCUGCAUACCUGGCCUGCUUUGCGGUCUACAUUGCAGCCAAUAUCGGCCUCGCGCUGCAGGAUAAUUUCGCCGCGCUGUUCGUCCUGCGUUGUGUGCAGAGUGCCGGCAGCAGCACAACCAUCGCGCUGUCUGCAGGCGUUGUCUCCGAUAUCGCCAUCGCUGCCGAGCGAGGAUCCUACAUGGGCUUCGUGACUGCCGGCUCUCUGCUAGGGCCAGCAAUGGGCCCUGUCAUCGGAGGUCUUCUGUCGCAGUUUCUCGGCUGGCGCUCGGUCUUUUGGUUCCUGACCAUCUUCGCCGCUGCCUUCCUGGUCCCCUUUGUCCUUUUCUUCCCAGAAACUGCCCGUGCGAUCGUAGGAAACGGAUCAGUCCCGCCUCCUAGAUGGAAUAUGCCCCUGGUGCGCUGGUUCAAGUCUCGAAAGACAGCGCCCCCUGAGGAUAUCAGUCGGCCGAAGCUUCGCUUCCCCAACCCCAUUAGAACCCUCGCGAUUGUAUUUCAGAAGGAUGUCGGAAUCAUCCUGUUUGCCAAUGCGAUCCUCUUCGCCGGGUUCUACGACGUUACGGCGUCAAUCCCGUCCAUUUAUAACGAGUUGUAUGGCUUGAAUGACCUCGAGAUCGGCCUCUGCUAUAUCCCCUUCGGCCUCGGCGCUACAGUCGCCUCCAUAGCAACAGGGAAACUGCUCGAUCUGAACUACCGCCGCACUGCAAAGUUGUUAAAUGUGUCUCUGCACGAGACACGCUCGAGGAACUUGGCUCACUUCCCCAUUGAAAAGGCGCGGUUGCAGGUCGCACUCCCGCUGCUCACGCUCGGUGCUUUCACGGUUAUCGCGUUUGGGUGGUGUCUUGAUUAUCGUGUCCACCUUGCAGCGCCGACGACGAUUCUGUUCUUCAUGGGCUUGACGCUGACCGGGGCGUUUAAUACGGUUGGUACCCUGCUGGUGGACUUUUAUCCUAUGAAUGCGGCGGCGGCCACGGCGUCGAAUAAUCUUGUUCGCUGCUUGCUGGGGGCUGGUGCUACGGCGCUCAUUGAUCCAAUGCUGGAUGCUAUGGGAAGGGGGUGGUGUUUUACGUUUAUAGCCUUGGUGAUGCUGUUGAUGUUGCCGCUGCUGGCGGUGGUUAUACGGUUGGGGCCGGGGUGGAGGAAGGAGAGGCAGGCAAAGAUCGAUCGUGCUGGACGGUCAUAG